AUGACGGACCGUCAUCGCUAUCCGUCCUCGGGACGAGCGGCCACCUUUGCCAACCAUGCGAGAACUUCUCUGCCGUCAAGCAUUGGCUACACUUCUUUGUACGCUGGUGACAUGCACGUCAUGCCGACUUCGACCCGACAGCAGCAGCCCAUUUCGACGACACCACGAGGAUACGUUACAACUACUUCUACAGCACCAACACCAAACACCACCACCCGGACGUACGCCGUUACUCAGGACCCUCGUUCACACAGACCGACUACGCGGGAUGUCACACGCUCCCAGCGGUCCUCCACACUAGAUUCUACUAGUCGUCCCCCAGUAAUUGUCAUGACCACCCAGAAGGACCGCGCCAAUGGUACGAGUUCUCAUUCUUCCAAUGCUCGCCCCGGAAGUCCCUUGAGGGAUGACUACCGUUCGAGCGAUGGGCAGUUUUAUACACAACCUGCCUCAUCUAUACGUUCACGCAGCACAGCCCGCUCCUAUGCCGAUCAGCCAGGAAACGACACUUAUGCUCGCAGCAGCAGAGACCGCAGCAACAGCUUGGUACGCGACGACCCCUACCGCAACAGCCGUCAUUCUGCUAUAUACCAGAAUAAUCCCCGCCAGAGCUCUAGUAAUAUCGACUAUGGGGAUGACGGUUAUCAGUACACUAAUGCUGGUGAGCUGGUUCGCUACGACCUCGAUCAUUCAGGCCCUGCGAGGACUCGCAGACGUGAGAGUUUCGACCGUGGCUACUACCGCCCGAAUAUCAACUACAACGCGGACCAGCGAACGUUCAAUGUGGAUACUAGCCCAGACUUGAGUCGCAACUACAUAACAACAAGCACAACCAGCGUCCCAAGCAAUCGACAAUACGAUAACCGGGGCGGUCCACCACCAAGUACACGAGGGUUUGACAAGAUUCGAGGGUACGAAAGCCCGCGGGACUUUGGUCCGAUGCCCUCUAAGACUCCCGAACCGACCUUGGUCAAACAGGACACCCCCCUUGUUGCGACUACGGAAACCACAAGACGGCCUCGGCCAGUGUCAUUGUACCAAGAGGGACCACCUCGUUCUUCGCAUCACGACGAUUACUAUCGGAGCCGAGAAGACGAAAGAAAAAUGCGAGAAUUUCGUGAUCAGCCAGAAUCUGAACUCACUUAUGAGCCCGAGCGCGCAUACGAGGCACCAUACUUCCAAGAUGACAGAGUUACUUCCCGUGGCUUUGGCAUCCGAACUGACACUGCUGACGAACACGAUGAUCGCCGUGAACGUCGCCUGGAACAACCGAAAAAGCGAUCAGAUGAAGACCUGCCACGUGAUGCUGAUUAUGAGCGCGAUGAUCGACGUCGAGGCCGGCUUGAUUCCAAAGACACUCGCCGUGAGAGACGUGAGAGUAAGAAAGGGAGUGAUGAUGACGAAAAGGAGCGUACUCGGUUCCGUGACAAGGUGGCUACUGGCCUGGGUAUUGCUGCGACUGCUGUAGGCCUCGUGCCUGCCGUCAAAGACGACGACAAACGCGACAAAGAGCCCGGCAAACGUAAAGGCUCUGAUGACGAACGUGAGCGCGACCGUGAACGUGAAAAAGACCGAGAUCGUGACAGGCGGCGAGAUUCGAUGAAAAGUGAACGCCCAAGAAUCGUCGAGAGAGAUGUAUCGCGACAGCGUGAUCAAUCAAGGCAGCGUGACCAGGAUCGUGAUUCCAGAGAGACCAGUCGUCGAAACGGGGAGUCCCGUAAGAGCACUGAAGCCGUCAUUUCGUCAUCUGAAUCCGACGAAGGCAAAAAGUCCACUCGGAGACGUCGCAAUUCAAAUGCAUUCAAUCCGAAUGAUACUACUGAACUGCGGAAUCUCAAGGACCAACUGGCAGCCCUGAAGACCACUGACAAAGAAAAGGAGAAAGACACCCCGGUCGUGGUCGAAAGUAAGUCACGGUCCUCUUCACCUACUCGAGAAACGAGAACAGCAAUAGAGGCUCGUCCAUCCAAAGACUCCCGGUCACCACCCGAUGCCAAGCCAUCUGGACCCCCUGAAGAAGAAUCCCGUGGCCGCGAAUCCCAGCAGACCCCUCCGGAUGACAAACAAGUGCGUGUAGUAUCGCCCCCUCGUGAUAAAAAGGAUGAGAAGCCGCUCAAGGGUAUCUUGAAACAACCAAAGGUCAGCUUUCCAGAGGAGCCGAAUCCCAUUCGUGAAGGGGUUGCACCUCACAAGGAAGACAAGAAAGCCAGAGAAGCACCUGCAGGUGCAAAAUGGACCAAGAUCAGCCGCAAGGUUGUUAACCCUGAGGCCUUGACCAUUGGCAAAGAGAGGUUCGAGGUCAGAGAUGACUUUGUCAUUGUACUACGGGUACUCAGCAAAGAGGAAAUUCAGGCAUAUGCCUCGGCAACACAAGUCUUGAGAGAGAGACGUCGCCGCGACGAUGAUGGUGGUGAUACGGAUCGGGAUCGUGACCGUGAUGAGGAUGACAGGAGAAGACAUCAUCGUCCUCGCCGCCAUCGGGACGAUGACUCUUCAGACUACGAGGACAAGGAUCGUGACCGCGACCGCGACCGCGAACGACGCAGGCGUCAUCGAGAUGAGGAAGAGUACGACACCCGGUCAAGGGAUUUGGACCAUCAUCAUCAUCAUCACCACCACCGCUCUCAGCGAGAACGCGAGCCUGUGCUUGAGGCUUAG